AUGGCGCGGGGCGGCGGGCGGCUGCAGCCCCGCGCCGCCGCUGCCCCUGCCCGGGGGGACCGGGGGCCGCUCGGCCUCCUGUGCCUGGCGCUGCUGUGCGCGCUGGGCGCCGCCGAGGCGGAGUUCUCCAUCCUGGACGAGGCGCAAGUCCUGGCCAGCCAGAUGAGGAAACUCGCCACCGAGGAGCUGAGGGUCGUCACCAUGCAGAGGAUAUUCAACUCCUUCGUGUACACGGAGAAAAUAUCGAAUGGAGAAAGCGAAGUUCAGCAGUUGGCAAAAAAAAUCCGCGAGAAGUUCAACCGUUACUUGGACGUUGUGAAUCGGAACAAGCAGGUCGUGGAAGCCUCCUACACUGCUCACCUCACCUCACCCCUGACUGCCAUCCAGGACUGCUGCACCAUCCCCCCAUCCAUGAUGGAAUUUGAUGGGAAUUUCAACACCAACGUUUCCAGAACCAUCAGCUGCGAUCGACUCUCGACCACUGUCAACAGCAGAGCCUUCAAUCCUGGACGUGACUUAAAUUCUGUCCUUGCUGAUAACCUGAAGUCUAACCCAGGAAUCAAGUGGCAAUAUUUCAGCUCAGAAGAAGGGAUUUUCACCGUGUUCCCAGCCCACAAGUUCCGGUGCAAAGGCAGCUACGAACACCGCAGCAGGCCCGUCUACGUCUCCACCGUUCGCCCUCAGUCCAAGCACAUCGUGGUCAUCGUGGACCACGGGGCCUCUGUCACAGAGACACAGCUCCAGAUUGCCAAGGAUGCUGCCCAGGUGAUCCUCAGCUCCAUAGAUGAGCACGACAAGAUCUCGGUGCUGACGGUGGCGGACGCGGUGCGGACGUGCUCCCUGGACCAGUGCUACAAGACCUUCCUGUCCCCUGCCACCAGUGAGACCAAGAGGAAGAUGUCCACCUUUGUCAGCAGCAUCAAGGCGUCCGACAGCUCCACGCAGCACGCCCUGGGCUUCCAGAAGGCUUUCCAGCUGCUGCGGAACACCAACAACGGCACCAGGCUCCAAGGAAAUACUGACAUGGUCAUCAUUUAUCUCUCGGCUGGGAUCACAUCAAAAGAGUCCUCAGAAGAUGAUAAAAAAGCCACUCUGCGUGUCAUCAACGAAGAAAACAGCUUCCUCAAUAACUCAGUGAUGAUCCUCACUUAUGCCCUCAUGAAUGAGGGGGUGACAGGGCUGAAGGAGCUGGCCUUCCUGCGGGACCUGGCUGAGCAGAACUCGGCCAAGUACGGCGUGCCCGACCGCAGCGCCCUGCCCGUCACCAAGGGCAGCAUGAUGGUCCUCAACCAGCUCAGCAACCUGGAGACCACCGUGGGCAGGUUCUACACCAACCUGCCCAACAGGAUGAUUGAUGAGGCCGUGUUCAGCCUGCCCUUCUCGGAUGAGAUGGGGGAUGGCCUGAUAAUGACUGUCAGCAAACCCUGCUACUUUGGGAACCUCCUGCUGGGAAUUGUUGGAGUCGAUGUCAACCUUGCCUAUAUCUUGGAAGAUGUCACCUAUUACCAGGACUCCUUGGGAUCCUACACCUUCCUCAUUGAUAAUAAAGGGUACACUCUGAUGCACCCCUCCCUGACCAGGCCCUACCUGCUCUCUGAGCCUCCUCUCCACACAGACAUCAUCCACUACGAGAACAUUCCCAAAUUCGAGCUGGUGCGCCAGAACAUCCUCAGCAUUCCCUUGGGCAGCCAGAUCAUCACAGUUCCUGUGAACUCCUCGCUGUCCUGGCACGUCAACAAGCUGAGGGAAAUUGGGAAAGAAGCCUACAAUGUCAGCUAUGCCUGGAAAAUGGUGCAGGACACGUCCUUCAUCCUGUGUGUGGUGGUGAUCCAGCCAGAAAUUCCCGUGAAGCAGCUGAAGAACCUCAACACCGUCCCCAGCAGCAAGCUGCUCUACCACAGGCUGGACCUGCUGGGCCAGCCCAACGCCUGCCUGCACUUCAAGCAGCUGGCCACCCUGGAGAGCCCCACAGUGAUGCUGUCUGCAGGCAGCUUCUCCUCCCCCUACGAGCACCUGAGCCAGCCCGAGACCAAGCGGAUGGUGGAGCACUACACGGCCUACCUGAGCGACAACACGCGGCUCAUCGCCAACCCCGGCCUCAAGUUCUCUGUCAGGAAUGAAGUAAUGGCAACCAGUCACGGCACGGAUGAAUGGAUGACCCAGAUGGAGAUCAGUGGCCUCAACAGUUACAUUGUCAGGCGUUACAUAGCAACCCCCAAUGGGGUGCUCCGCAUCUACCCCGGCUCCCUCAUGGACAAAGCAUUUGAUCCCACCAGGAGACAAUGGUACCUGCAUGCAGUGGCCAAUCCAGGACUCAUCACCUUCACUGGGCCCUACCUGGACGUGGGAGGGGCUGGAUAUGUGGUGACCAUCAGCCACACUGUCCACUCCUCCAGUGCUCAGAUGUCCUCAGGACACUCCGUGGCCGUGAUGGGCAUUGACUUCACCCUCAGAUAUUUCUACAAAGUCCUCAUGGACCUGCUGCCAGUUUGUAACCAAGAUGGGGGGAACAAAAUCAGGUGCUUCAUCAUGGAGGACAGGGGGUACCUGGUGGCACACCCAACCCUCAUCGACCCCAAGGGCCACGCGCCCGUGGAGCAGCAGCACAUCACACACAAGGAGCCUCUGGUAGCAAACGACAUCCUGAACCACCCCAACUUCGUCAAGAAAAACCUCUGCAACAGCUUCAGUGACAGGACCGUGCAGCGCUUCUAUAAAUUCAACACCAGCUUAGUGGGUGACCUGACCAACCUGGUGCAUGGCAGUCACUGCUCCAAGUACAGGCUGACGAGGAUCCCGGGCACCAACGCCUUCGUGGGCAUCGUCAACGAGACGUGCGACUCGCUGGCCUUCUGUGCCUGCAGCAUGGUGGACAGGCUGUGCCUCAACUGCCACAGGAUGGAACAGAAUGAGUGUGAGUGUCCCUGUGAGUGCCCACUGGAGGUGAACGAGUGCACUGGGAACCUGACCAACGCCGAGAGCAGGAAUCCGAGCUGUGAGGUGCAUCAGGAGCCGAUGACUUUCACGGCCAUCGAUCCCAGCCUGCAGGAUGCACUCCCACAGUGCAUCAACACCCAGUGCAACCAGAGGACAGAGAGUGGGGAUUGCUUUGGAGUGCUGGACUGCGAGUGGUGCAUGGUGGACAGCGAUGGGAAGACCCACCUGGACAAGUCCUACUGUGCCCCUCAGAAGGAGUGCUUUGGUGGCAUCGUGGGAGCCAAGAGUCCCUAUGUGGAUGACCUGGGAGCAAUAGGAGAUGAGGUGAUCACCCUGAACAUGAUCAAGAGUGCCCCCGUGGGCCCCGUGGCUGGAGGCAUCAUGGGCUGCAUCAUGGUGCUGGUGCUGGCCGUGUACGCAUACCGGCACCAGAUCCACCGCCGCAGCCACCAGCACAUGUCCCCGCUGGCAGCACAGGAAAUGUCUGUGCGUAUGUCCAACCUGGAAAACGACAGGGACGAGAGGGACGAUGACAGCCAUGAAGACAGAGGAAUCAUCAGCAACACGCGGUUCAUCGCGGCGGUGAUCGAGCGCCACGCGCACAGCCCCGAGCGCCGCCGCCGCUACUGGGGCCGCUCCGGCACCGAGAGCGACCACGGCUACAGCACGAUGAGCCCCCAGGAGGACAGCGAGAACCCCCCCUGCAACAACGACCCUCUCUCGGCCGGCGUGGACGUGGGGACCCACGACGAGGACCUGGAGCUGGACACGCCCCCGCAGACGGCGGCGCUGCUGAGCCACAAAUUCCACCACUACCGGCUGCACCACCCCGCCCUGCACCACAGCCACCACCUGCAGGCCGCUGUCACCGUGCACAGCGUGGAUGCCGAGUGCUGAGGACACCACGGCCACCACCUGCAGGCUGUGCCACUGGGGACACCACGGCCACCACCUGCAGGCUGUGGCACUGAGGACACCACCUGCAGGCUGUGCCACUGGGGACACCACGGCCACCACCUGCAGGCUGCCACAGCCACCACCUGCAGGCUGUGGCACUGGGGACAGCACAGCCACCACCUGCAGGCUGUGGCACUGGGGACAGCACAGCCACCACCUGCAGGCUGUGCCACUGGGGACAGCACAGCCACCACCUGCAGGCUGUGCCACUGAGGACACCACCUGCAGGUUGUGGCACUGAGGACACCAUGGCCACCACCUGCAGGCUGUGGCACUGGGGACAGCACAGCCACCACCUGCAGGCUGUGCCACUGAGGACACCACAGCCACCACCUGCAGGCUGUGGCACUGGGGACACCACAGCCACCACCUGCAGGCUGUGGCACUGGGGACAGCACAGCCACCACCUGCAGGCUGUGCCACUGAGGACACCACAGCCACCACCUGCAGGCUGUGGCACUGGGGACAGCACAGCCACCACCUGCAGGCUGUGGCACUGAGGACACCAUGGCCACCACCUGCAGGCUGUGGUACUGAGGACACCAUGGCCACCACCUGCAGGCUGUGACACUGGGGACACCACGGCCACCACCUGCAGGCUGCCACAGCCACCACCUGCAGGCUGUGGCACUGGGGACAGCACAGCCACCACCUGCAGGCUGUGCCACUGGGGACAGCAUGGCCACCACCUGCAGGCUGUGGCACUGGGGACAGCACAGCCACCACCUGCAGGCUGCCAUGGCCACCACCUGCAGGCUGCUGGCACUGUGCAUUGAGGACACCACAGAUGCCGCUCCAGAGCCACAGGGACUGUGCUGCUCCCCAGGGACAACCUCACAGGCUUCCCCAGCAAACUGAGGCAUCAGAGCUUUGCAUUUUUACAAAUGGAAGGUUGGCUCUGGCCUGCAAACGUGCUUGAUGAAUGGACCUGCCAAAACACGGAGCAGGAGGCACGUUAGACCUCCAGGAACAGGGAUGGGAGUUUACCCAGCAGCUGGAGUUUGUUGUGCUGAGCCAAGAGCAGAGAGAGAGCUUAAAGAGCCAGAGAUGAUUUGGUUUCCUUAACUGGAAGAGCAGGAAUCUGCAGCUGGAGAGCCCAGAAGUGCCAGACAGAGCAGGAAGGCUGCUGGCUUCUCUGCAGGUGGAAAGCUCCCGGCGCCCACGUUGCUCUGCGGGACCUGGGACAAUGCAUCUCAAGAUUUUUAAGUAAAGGAUUAUUUUUCUACUAUUUAUUGAACUUGAAACUUUGGGGGGAGGGAGGGGAGAAAACCUGUUAGGGAUUCUCAACGAGUACCACGUGCAUUCUGUGCUGGGGAAGGGGCUCUUCCCAGGAAAACAGCUGUUCCUUGGGAGCUGACCUUCAUCCAGUGCCCCACUCUGCAAAGGGAAAAUGAAGAAGCCCUCUCUGCCUCGGUGUUUACAUUAGGAUUGCUUUCUUUUCCACACUUGUUUCCUGUAAAUACUACAGCCUGAUUUCUAUUCCAGUAUUGUCUUCCUAUCUGCAGAGGAGAAAUCCUGUACUCCGUUACUAAAAUUCACAGAAUUCUGCCCAGAAUCUGCCCAGAAACUUCUCCAUCUUUAUCUCUUCGCUCAUCCUUAAAGGAUUCCUGUGUGGAAGUAAUAAAAAUUUUCUUUAGCAUUAGUUACCAGAUAAUCCCAAAUGGAAUCUGUGCCAUUCUUCUGUUUCCUUGGACCACGAGUAGGGAUAAACCAGUGUUUUGUAAAACUUGGGUUACUGUGGAAGAAACCUUGAAACCAUAAUGAGAAGCUGCUGCUGUUUGUCUGGAAUUUUAACCUUGCUUGGUAAAUCAAACAAAGAUUAAUCAAUGUCUACAACAAAGGGCAUCAUAAUUAUCAAUAUGUUUUCAAUCACAGUGUUGUAUUUUAGAUUCACAUUUUGUGAUUACAAUGAUAUCAAGCCGUUCUUGCACUGUGCAUAUGGUAAACAUCCAUUUAUAUGUAGGUUUUUUUUUAAAAAUCACUUGUUUUAAUUAAUAUGGUACUUAAUACUGUAUUAUGUAAAAAAUUGGUUCUUAAACAGUACAGUAAAAUAACUCUAUGUGUGAUACCAGGAUAUCCCUUUAUACUAUGUAUAAAAUUAAAAUCUCUAGUGAAAUAAACUGUAUAUAAGUGUAGAUCUGUGGAGAA